AUGGCUACCAAAAGUCCGAUCAACGAAGCAGACAUCGCAGAACUGCGCGAACUUCUGAGAGAUACAGACGUCCAGUUGGUGACACCGAAGGAAACUGAGGCAUACACAAAAUCUAUUCACCGAUGGUCAAGCGCUGCCGUGAAGCCAGCGGGAGCAUGCCUAAUCCCCAAAUCGGCAGAAGCAAUCUCAAUCACCCUCAAGUAUGCUUCCGAACACAAUCUUGAUCUCGCCGUCAAAGGAGGUGGUCACUCGACUGCUGGCGCAUCAUCAACGGACGGCGGACUACUCAUCGACUUGAAUACACAUAUGCGUACUACCGACGUCGACGUCGAGGGAAGAACGAUCAAAGUUGGCGGAGGUGCCGUCUGGGGUGAUGUUGACGCAGCUCUUGCACCGUACGGUCUUGCAGCAGUUGGUGGCACCGUCUCAGAUACCGGCGUCGGUGGUCUCACGUUCGGCGGCGGCUUUGGCUGGCUCACAGUCAAACACGGACUGGUUGUCGACAAUCUUAUUUCAUGUACUGUCGUAUUGGCGGACGGCAGUAUCGUCAAAGCCUCUACCGAUGAGAAGCCAGACCUGUUCUGGGCUCUGCGCGGCGCGGGACAGAACUUUGGUGUCGGUAUUGAGUUUGUAUUCCGCACCCAUGAGACAGGCGAUCUGUGGGCUGGGUUCAUGAUGUUUCCACCGACGCCAGAUAUCAUCAAGAAGGCCGUGGAAGCAUGCAACGACAUCUUCACACCGAACGCAGAUGGCGAUUCGAAAGCGACGGGGAAAGCUGCGAGUGCUUUCGGUUUCGUCAGGCCUCCACCUGCUGGUGGCCAGGUCCUGUUCUUCGUAGCCGCGAUCUUUCAUGGGUCGGAAGAAGACGGCAAAGAGCUAUUCAAGGAUAUCGUUGGGUUGGAACCUUUGAUGAGUACCAUGGCAAUGAUGCCCUACGCCAAGGCAAACAAACUCAUGGAUCUACCCAUCGGCGCGCGUGUAUCGAUCAAGGGAGCUGGGUUCGAGCUUCCUGUUCGUGGCGACUUCGUGGUAUCCGUCUUGGAGGCGUACGCCAAGUUUACUGACGAGACAUCCGAUGCCGCUGGCUCGCAGGUUAUGUGGGAGCUACUAGACCCGACGAAGAUUGUUGAAGUCACCAACUCUGACAUGGCCUUUGCGAACCGCGGAAGACACUUCAACGCGGCAGUUGCUCCAUUGUGGUGGGAUCAAGGUAACGAUCAGAAAUGUAGGCAGUGGUCGAGGGAUGUUGCGCUCUUGUUCAAGAACGAACUUCAGCGUGGUGGCGCUGAGGCAGCGGCGAGCAACGAUGGGUGGAUUGGCAAGAGAGGCAGUCAUGGAGCGACAAUGGUGUAUGGGAACUACGAUCAGUACGAAGAGAAGUCCAGAGACGUCUUUGGCAACAACUACGAACGUUUGCAAGAUCUGAAGGCCAAGUACGACCCACAGAACAUGUUCAACAAACUCUUUGCUGUAGAACCGAGAGCGUUGAAGCCCUAG